AUGCACGCAUUCGCCCACGACUCUGCGGAGGCGGAGCAUCUCCAGCAUAACCACGAGCAGCAAGAUCAAGAACGUGCACUCGAAGCUGCCCGUGAUGAGCUGGCACAGAUCGUCGGCGCCGAUGCGCACCGCGGGGGUGCCUUCGGAACGGCGGGUGCAGCGGCUCUCCGUCGCCAGGACGAAGUACACGACCGCCCCCCACACCUGUCUCUCUUCACGUCUACACAGCAAGGAGGGGAUAGGUCGUCAUCAGCGUCACCCUUUCGCUUUGCUACAACAACAGGAGCGUUUGGCCUCGCAACUCCACACCACCCCUCAACGCCAACGGGCCCCACUUCGCCGACAGCCGCAACGAGCCCCAGUACAACGGGGGCCGCACGCCGCCUACGCCGGCCUUCGUUGCUGUCAUUGAAGCCAAGAGAGCCUCAAGACGUGAGCCUGAGUCCUAAAUCGAUCACCGCGUCGCUCCCAGCUACGACAGAGUCGCAACGCUUGCCUCCUGUGCCACCAUCAACACCAGCCCCACUGCAGCCGCCUGCAACACCAGCCCCGCAGGGGCGACCGUGGGGGAUCACGCCUCUCACGGCGAUCACAGCUCCAGAACGCGUAGCGAGCGCACCACCCAUCCCAAUUGAAGGCCUGACAACGAGCACGUCGCCGGUCCCGGGCGUGGCCGGAGGUCGUAGGGGUUCGGAGAGCGAGGCUUCGGGCGCGCAGUCUCCCAUGGCGAUGGACACCGAGGACCAGCUUCGCAGCCCGCUGAAAUGGCUGCCCCCGCACAUGCAGCCAAGGAGGAGCAAAGACAAGAGCCAGAUCAUCGAAGACGAUCAGGCUGCCCCUGUCGCUCGCAUGCCGUUUACCGGUAGACCGUUGCCAGGCCCACUGCUCGCGACGCUCAUCUCGGAAUCGGCGCCUCUGGAACACGAGAUGCGCUCCGAGGCCCGUCUCCAGCGUCUCCUGUUUUCCCAUCCUUCAGCACUGCCAUUCAACCCACGCCAACGACGAAACACGCGCUGGACCCGUGGCCGCUUUCCUGAGAUGGUUGGGGACGAUGAUGACGAUGAUGACGACGAUGCCGCGCGCAUGGCACUCGGAGCAAGGUGGCGUGCUGGUUCAAGCGAUAGCGACUCGGACGACAUGAUGGACGACAGCAGUGUGCAAGAGUGGCCCGCUGCGAGCUCGGGUGCUGGCGCUGUCAAUUCGGCGUUCGCGAGCGUCAUGGACCUCGAUCGGCCGUCAAGCUCCAAUUCGUCCGGCGCGUGGAACAGUACCAGCGGCAAGUCGACGCCGAGUCAUGGGAACGGCAGUGGGAAUGGGAACGGAAGCACGACCACAGCCACACGGGCCGGCACGUCGUCGGCAACUGCUACCCCCGGUGUGUCUACUCCUGGGUGGAAGAAACCUCCCGUUGCGCCCAGCCCUUCCACUGGUCUGCAACUGCCCACUGCGUUUGGCGGUCUCGCAAUGGGUAGCGGAGGAGGCGGGGCCGGGGCCGGCAACGGAAUUGCCACACCGCUGGGCUCACCUACUGUCGAGCGCAGCGAGCUUGGCGGGUCGCCUGGUGCCAUGGCCAUUGCGAGCCCGAUGUCCAUCGCGUCCCCAGGCAUGUCCUCCAUCGCCGCGUCUCCCGGUAUGAUGCAGUACCGCGACCCACCAUCCAUUCGCACUGGAAAACGCAAAGCUGCCGCUUCAGACGACCGCUUCGACCCAUACAAGCGCCCCAGAGGCUCAUCACCUUCGCCAUUCCAGCAGAACAUUGCCGUCUCGCCGAGCAAGUCGACUGGCGCGAUGAACGCCAUGAGCGCCGUGCCGAUCCCUUCGUCGCCAUCACACCUCCCACUCGUCGGCAGCGCCUUGGCUGUCACUAGUCCUGGGUACCUCUCACUUGGGGGCGGUAUGGGUAUGGGCUCGCACACGCGUAAACCGCCGACCCACCCCUACACUCGGCCCAUGUCCAGUCGCUCGCGCGCGGCGAGUCCCGCGCUGAGUAUCGGCAGCACGUCUGGCGUCCUUUCCUCCAGCCUGGGCAAUGGCGGACUCACAGGACCCUCGCGACCCCUCGCGGGCCCAUUCAUCCCCUCGGGACCCGGCUCAGCCGCUGCCGUCUCGGCCGCCAACGCCGUCGGCGCAGCACCGCGUGACCUCGGUGGCCUGGGGCUCUUGAGUCUCGCCAACCAAGGAGGUGAGGGCGGUGGAGAUGCUGGCACUGGCGGUGGAGGGGGAGCGGAGGGAAGGAUGGCGCAGCACGCGCGUGAGGUGCCCAGCCCCCAGCCUGACUCUGAGAACGAGGCGCACGACGAGACGCUGUGGGAAGUGGAGGAAGAUGGGGAGAUGGCGAUGGAUGAGGAUUGA